GAAGAAAAUAGCGAAAUUGAUUCAGGAUCGAAAUUCCUUUUGAAUAUUAGCAUUCUCUUUCGUUUUCACUGCUACUUGGUAUUUCCAUGCUCAGUGUUUACACGGUUGGUGUUGCCAAGCAUAUGUUCAUCAGCUUCCCCAGAAACCAUCAAAAUCGCUUGCAGAAGUCACUCUUUUGUUGCAUGUCCAUGAAUAAUCAAAGGGAAGUUCAAAGUGAAACUGAAAGUCACGUGCAUUAUAACCAUACCGAUCCCUCCAAAUACGCAAGAUGGACUGCAAGGGAGAGCUUCCAAUUUAUGUAUGCAAGGCCUUGGCAACGAGUCAAUGAUUUUUACUUGGACAUUGUCCGUGCCAACUUGUCUCUCUCACUUCUCUUCGGACCCCAGACAAUUCUUGACCACAAUGACACUGGAAUUGCAGCACUUUCUGAUCAGAGUGAGUUGGAAAGUGUUGCAUCUGAGGAUCGCUCUGGGAGAUGGGCGAGGACGACGUUCAAAAUUAUUCUUUCGUAUCACGGGGGUUCAUUUGAUGGGUGGCAAAAACAACCAGGCUUGAACACUGUCCAAAGCAUUGUAGAAGUGUCACUUGGUAAAUUUGUUGAUGAAAAGAAAACACAACUGCUCAAGGAUAAAGGUUUGCCUAUUGAAGGUUGUGCUGUUGUUGCUGGUCGUACAGACAAAGGUGUGACAGGCCUUCAACAAGUCUGUUCUUUCUAUACUUGGAAGAAGGAUGUUAAGCCUAGAGAUAUUGAAGAUGCUAUCAAUCAAGCAGCUCUAGGAAAACUUAGAGUCGUAUCAGUUUCUGAGGUAUCACGUGUAUUUCAUCCGAAUUUCUCUGCCAAAUGGAGGCGUUACCUUUAUAUAUUUCCACUCACUGAUGGGUACAGGGACCAAGGUAAUGACAAUGUGGAGUCACGUGACAUUUCUAGAUAUAAUGAAAUUCAUGAUUCUUCCAGCAAGGACGAGAUAGAAAAUCAAGAGAAAUCUUAUGUGUUCAGCGUAAGCAAGGUAAACCGGCUUUUGCGAAAAUUAGAAGGAAAAUUGCUAUCCUACAAGAUGUUUGCUCGUGAUACAAAAGCUUCAAGAAAUGAUGGUCCACCGACUGAGUGUUUUGUUUACCAUGCUCGAGCUAUGGAAGUCAAACUGCCAACAGCUGACUGUGGUGAAGAAACAAAGGCUAUGUGUGUUGAGCUGGUAGCUAAUCGCUUUCUAAGAAAGAUGGUUCGGGUGCUUGUGGCAACCUCAAUUAGAGAAGCUGCUGCUGGUGCUGAAGAUGAUGCCUUGAUAAAGCUCAUGGAUGCCACGUGUAGGCGUGCUACUGCUCCUCCAGCACCCCCUGAUGGUUUAUGUCUAGUUGAUGUUGGGUAUACUGAAUUUGACCCUCAAAAGUGCUUCAUUCUGAUAGAGUAAAGCCUUGUGCCUUCUACUUCCCAUUCCUAAUCACAUUUACAGUGUCAGUCACACUUUCUGAUUUUUAAUCCAAGCUGCAUUUUAAUGCAAUAUUUUGCAAUUA